AUGGCCCCUGCUACUGUUGCUGCUGCAGCUGGCGGAAAAGCUUCUUCUGCCUCCGGCGCGGAGCGGUGCUUCCAGGACAAGGACAAGCCCGCCGGUGUCAGGAACAGCAACAUUAUUGCAGCAAAGGCCGUCGCAGAUGCUGUCCGCACCUCUCUUGGGCCCCGCGGAAUGGACAAGAUGAUUCAGUCUGCCAAUGGAGACGUCACGAUUACUAACGAUGGUGCCACUAUCCUCAACCAGAUGUCUGUCAUUCACCCGACCGCUAAGAUGCUCGUCGAUCUUUCCAAGGCUCAAGAUAUUGAGGCCGGUGAUGGCACUACUACUGUCGUCGUCACAGCUGGUGCCUUGCUAGAUGCUGCUCAGACGCUUCUUUCCAAAGGCAUCCAUCCCACCAAGAUCAGUGAUUCUUUCCAACGUGCCGCCACCGAAGCUGAAAAUAUUUUGGAGAAGAUGAGCAGCCCCGUCGAUCUCAGCAACGAUGAGCUGCUCGUCAAGAUGGCCACCACUUCUUUGAACAGCAAGGUCGUCUCGCAGCACUCGUGGCUGCUCGCCCCAAUGGCUGUCAACGCCGUCAAGAAGAUCAUCGAUCCGGCUAAGGAUACGAACGUUAACCUCAACAUGAUCAAAAUUAUCAAGAAGCUGGGCGAGACUGUCGAGGAGAGCGAGUUGAUUGAGGGAGCCUUGAUUGAUCAGAAGACGAUGGGCCGUGGAGGGCCUACCCGCGUCGAGAAGGCCAAGAUCGGCCUCAUCCAGUUCCAGCUUUCUGCCCCCAAAACGGAUAUCGAAAACCAAGUGAUCAUCUCCGACUACACGCAAAUGGACCGUGCCCUGAAGGAAGAGCGCCAGUACUUGCUCAACAUUUGCAAGCAGAUCAAAAGCGCCGGCUGCAACGUGCUCCUUAUCCAGAAGAGCAUCUUGAGGGACGCUGUUUCGGAGAUGGCACUCCAUUUCCUAGCCAAGCUGAAGAUCAUGGUCGUCAAGGACAUUGAACGCGACGAUAUUGAAUUCUAUUCGAAGAUUCUCGGUUGCCGUCCCGUUGCCUCUUUGGACCAUUUCGUGGCCGAGUCGCUUGGUAGCGCCGAUUUGGCUGAGGAGAUUUCUACGGGCGGUGAUUCCAAGGUUAUCAAGGUUACUGGUGUCCAAAACCCAGGACAGGCUGUGUCUAUCCUUCUGCGCGGAUCGAACAAGCUUGUGUUGGAAGAGGCUGAUCGUUCUCUGCAUGAUGCCCUUUGCGUGAUUAGAUGCUUGGUGAAGAAGAAGGCCCUGCUUCCAGGUGGUGGCGCCCCGGAAAUGGAAGUGGCUGUCCAACUCCGACAACUUGCGCAGGAGCGCAGCGGAGCCGAGCAGUACUGCUGGAGGGCGUUUGCUGAUGCUUUGGAACUGAUCCCGUUCACACUUGCCGAAAAUGCCGGUCUUUCUCCGAUCCACACCGUCACCGAGUUGCGCACACAACACGCGAAUGGUCACAGCGACUUCGGAAUCAACGUCCGCAAGGGUUACGUGACAGACAUGCGAGAAGAGGCCGUUCUUCAGCCCCUGCUCGUCUCCAGCUCUGCUAUCAAACAAGCCGCCGAAUGCGUGCGAUCCAUUCUCAAGAUUGACGAUAUCGUUAUGGCCGUUCGC